GGUCCCUCCCCCGUCUUCCCCGAGGGCCCCGCGGGCUGGCGGGAAGCAGGCCGGGGGUGGCCCUGCCUGGGUGGUCUUCUGGCCCGCCCCCCGCGGCGCCGUUGCCUGGCUGCGGAUCCGGCCGCGCGGCUCCGGGUAAUUUGCCGGCCCCUCAGCCAAUGAGAGGGCGUCGCCCCGGCCCGCUCCCUUUUUCUAGGGCUACAGCGGCCACCUCGUCACUGCGGUCCCACCUUGAGCCGCGCCGGCCUCGCGGCCCGGUAGCUCCGCCUGCACGCGGCCCCCACUCCGGCCGCCGCGCCCGCCCUGCUCGCCCUGCGCGCCUGCCCCUCGCUGCCGCCGCUGCACACCCGCAGCCGCGCCUCGGCCUCCCCGCCGAGUCCCCACACGGGGUUCUGCGGUGCAGGGGGCCAGGCCAGCCUAUGCGGGAUCCCACAUAACGAGGGUUGGGGGCGCCCACAUCCUCCAUCUCUGCCAGCAUGGCUCGGUCGCCGCCCCCCGGAGAACUGCCCCCGGCCUACACAGCCCCAGCUCCAUCUGUGGCACCCCAGAUCCUAGCUGGGGGCCUGAAGGCUCCACUCUGGCUGCGUGCUUACUUCCAGGGCCUCCUCUUCUCUCUGGGCUGUGGGAUCCAGAGACACUGUGGCAAAGUGCUCUUCCUGGGACUGCUGGCCUUGGGGGCCCUGGCACUGGGUCUCCGAGUGGCCAUCAUUGAGACAGACCUAGAGCAGCUCUGGGUAGAAGUGGGCAGCCGGGUGAGCCAGGAGCUGCAUUACACCAAGGAGAAGCUGGGGGACGAGGCUGCAUACACCUCCCAGAUGCUGAUACAGACCUCCCGUCAGGAAGGGGAGAACGUCCUCACAUCUGAGGCGCUCAGCCUCCACCUCCAGGCAGCCCUCACUGCCAGUAAAGUGCAAGUAUCACUCUAUGGAAAGUCCUGGGAUUUGAACAAAAUCUGCUACAAGUCAGGAGUCCCCCUAAUUGAGAACGGGAUGAUUGAGCGAAUGAUUGAGAAGCUGUUUCCGUGCGUGAUCCUCACCCCCCUCGACUGCUUCUGGGAGGGCGCCAAGCUCCAAGGGGGCUCUGCCUACUUGCCCGGCCGUCCCGACAUCCAGUGGACCAAUCUAGAUCCGGAGCAGCUGCUGGAGGAGCUGGUCCCCUUUGCCUCCCUUGAGGGCUUCCGGGAGCUGCUAGACAAGGCACAGGUGGGCCAGGCCUAUGUGGGGCGGCCCUGUCUGCAGCCUGAUGACCUCCACUGCCCGCCUAGUGCCCCUAACCACCACAGCAGGCAGGCUCCCAGUGUGGCUCAGGAGUUGAGUGGAGGCUGCCACGGCUUCUCCCACAAGUUCAUGCACUGGCAGGAGGAAUUGCUGCUGGGAGGCAUGGCCAGAGACUCCCAAGGACAGCUGCUGAGGGCGGAGGCCUUGCAGAGCACCUUCCUGCUAAUGAGUCCCCACCAGCUAUACGAACACUUCCGGGGUGACUACCAGACGCAUGACAUUGGCUGGAGCGAGGAGCAGGCCGCCACUGUGCUGCAGGCCUGGCAGCGGCGCUUCGUGCAGCUGGCCCAGGAGGCCCUGCCUGAGAAUGCAUCCCAGCAGGUCCACGCCUUCUCCUCCACCACCCUGGAUGACAUCCUGCAUGCGUUCUCGGAAGUCAGUGCUGCCCGUGUGGCAGGAGGCUAUCUGCUCAUGGUGGGUCCUGCUCUUGGCACCCUGCCCCUACCUGCACCCAGUGCCCACCAUAGGAACCCGCCUGACACUGCGCCCUCUCUCCCCCAGCUGGCCUAUGCCUGCGUGACCAUGCUGCGGUGGGACUGUGCCCAGUCCCAGGGCGCCGUGGGCCUCGCUGGGGUGCUGCUGGUGGCCCUGGCAGUGGCCUCAGGCCUCGGGCUCUGCGCCCUGCUUGGCAUCACCUUCAACGCUGCCACCACCCAGGUGCUGCCCUUUCUCACACUGGGCAUCGGCGUGGAUGACAUAUUCCUGCUGGCACAUGCCUUCACAGAGGCUCCCCCAGACACCAUUCUCCAGCAGGAGCGCACCGGCGAGUGUCUGCAGCGCACGGGCACCAGUGUGGCGCUCACGUCCAUCACCAACAUGGCCGCCUUCUGCAUGGCCGCCCUUGUUCCCAUCCCUGCACUGCGGGCCUUCUCCUUGCAGGCAGCCGUGGUUGUUGGCUGCAACUUUGCAGCCGUGAUGCUUGUCUUCCCCGCGGUCCUCAGCCUGGACCUGCAGCGGCGUCACUGCCAGCGCCUCGACGUGCUCUGCUGCUUCUCGAGCCCCUGCUCUGCUCCAGUGAUUCAGAUCCUGCCCCAGGAGCUGGGGGACAGGAUGGUACCAGUGGGCAUUGCCCACCUGACUGCCACAGUUCAAGCCUUUGCCCACUGUGAAGCCAGCAGCCAGCAUGUGGUCACCAUCCUGCCUCCCCAAGCCCACCUGGUGCCCCCACCUUCUGACCCACUGGGCUCUGAGCUCUUCAGUCCAGGAGGGUCCACACGGGACCUUCUAGGCCAGGAGGAGGAGACAAUGCAGAAGGCAGCCAGCAAGUCCCUGCCCUGUGACCACUGGAAUCUCGCCCAUUUUGCCCGCUGUUGUUUUGCGCCCUUGCUGCUCCAGCCACACACCAAGGCCAUGGUGCUGGUGCUUUUUGGGGCUCUUCUGGGCCUGAGCCUCUAUGGAGCAACCUUGGUGCAGGAUGGGCUGGCCUUGACAGAUGUGGUGCCUCGGGGCACCAAGGAGCAUGCCUUCCUGAGCACCCAGCUCAGGUACUUCUCCCUGUACGAGGUGGCCCUGGUGACACAGGGUGGCUUUGACUACGCCCACUCCCAACGUGCCCUCUUUGAUCUGCACCAGCGCUUCAGUUCCCUUAAGGCCGUGCUACCCCCGCCUGCCACCCAGGCACCCCGAACCUGGCUGCACUAUUACUGCAACUGGCUACAGGGAAUCCAGGCUUCAUUUGACCAAGACUGGGCUUCUGGCCGCAUUACCCGCCACUCAUACCGCAACGGCUCUGAGGAUGGGGCCUUGGCCUACAAGCUGCUUAUCCAGACGGGAGAUGACCAGGAGCCUCUGGAUUUCAGCCAGCUGACCACCAGGAAGCUGGUAGACAAGGAGGGACUGAUUCCACCCGAGCUCUUCUAUGUGGGGCUGACCGUGUGGGUGAGCAGCGACCCCCUGGGUCUGGCAGCCUCACAGGCAAACUUCUACCCCCCACCUCCUGAGUGGCUGCACGACAAGUACGACAGCACCGGGGAGAACCUUCGCAUCCCGGCAGCCCAGCCCCUGGAGUUUGCCCAGUUUCCCUUCCUGCUGCGCGGCCUCCAGAAGACCGCAGACUUCGUGGAGGCCAUCGAGGGGGCCCGGGCCGCAUGUGCCGAGGCAGGCCGGGCCGGGGUGCGUGCCUACCCCAGCGGCUCCCCCUUCCUCUUCUGGGAGCAGUAUCUGGGCCUGCGGCGCUGCUUCCUGCUGGCUGUCUGUAUCCUGCUGGUGGGCACUUUUCUGGUCUGUGCCCUCCUGCUGCUCAACCCCUGGACUGCCGGCCUCAUAGUGCUGGUCCUGGCGAUGAUGACCGUGGAGCUCUUCGGCAUCAUGGGUUUCCUGGGCAUCAAGCUGAGCGCCAUCCCCGUGGUGAUCCUCGUGGCCUCUGUAGGCAUUGGUGUGGAGUUCACUGUCCACGUGGCUCUGGGCUUCCUGACCACCCAGGGCAGCCGGAACCUGCGGGCCACCCGUGCCCUAGAGCACACAUUUGCCCCAGUGACCGAUGGGGCUGUCUCCACAUUGCUGGGUCUGCUCAUGCUUACUGGUUCCAACUUUGACUUCAUCAUAAGGUACUUCUUCGUGGUGCUGACAGCUCUCACGCUCCUGGGCCUGCUGCACGGGCUCGUGCUGCUGCCGGUGUUACUGUCUAUCCUGGGUCCCCCACCGGAGGUGGUACAGAUGUACAAGGAGAGCCCAGAGGUGCUGAGCCCGCCAGCUGCACAGGGAGGAGGGCUCAGGUGGGGGGUAUCCCCUACCCUGCCCCAGAGCUUUGCCAGAGUGACUACCUCCAUGACCGUGGCCCUCCACCCACCCCCGCUGCCUGGUGCCUACAUCCACCCAGUCUCCGAUGAGCCCACUUGGUCCCCUGUUGCCAUACCAGCUGCCGGUGGCUCCAGCAACCUCAGCUCUAGGGGACCAUGUCUGGCCACUGCGUGAGAGCAGCUGGAGCAUGGAGACCCUGCCUGGGCCACCUGAGGUCACUGGGAUGCAGUGGGUGGAUUACUGAAUGCAGGACAGACUCCUGGAGGCCCUGCUGCUGCUGUCUGCCUGCACCCCUCCCUGCCUGGGCCAUCACAGGCCUCCUGAGAGCCACACAGAGCCACCACCCUCUGGGCCGGGCCCCAGCCUGUGUCUGGGGGCAUGAAAGCCAGCCCCUCAGGCUGUGGCAUGGCCACUCCCCUCCCCACACUGCUGCCCGCAGCCGACCAAGCCUGGGGAAUCUCUAGCGCCUGUUGCCAGUCCUGGCCCCCCACUGCAAAGUGACUCCUGGACAGGCUGUGUCCCUGCCCACCACCUACCAUAUAAAUUAUUUAUAUGAAGAUGUUUAUUUUUGUAGUUUGUAUAGCUGUUAGCUAUGCUGAAAGUUUUAUUUUUAAAGAGAAAAUAUAUUCUGUAUGAACUCA